GACUAAAAGUGUUUGUAUAUGUGUGCUUUGAUUCUUUUUUUUUGUAUCUGUUAUGACUAUUUGACUCAUUUAACACGAAAAAUGUUAUUCGCCAUUUCGAACGAUACUUAUCGUUUUUCUUUCAAAUAUUAGAAGCAUUAGCUAAUGCGUUUAAUCAAAAUAAUUCGUUACGUUCGUUCUUAAUAAAGUUAACAAGUUUUAUUGUACUUGAAGCCGCCCUUCUCUAUACAAACUAAAGACAUAUCAGAUAUGGCAAGAGCAUCAUAACUUUUCUUUUUAGAAUAUUCUGUGACGGUUGAGUGAGGUUUUGUUGAUACCUAGUAUGAUGAAUACUACAUAUCCUCCUUCUAGUUUCCAGUUCUAGGUUCCUCCUACUAGUUCGAUCAGUAUACACCAUCGAUGAAUCUCACAGCCGUCAGCCGUUUCACUUACACCAAUAUAUCCCACCAGUCAUGCAGAUGUACAUAUCUAUUACGCAUCGAUUAUAUAAACCAUGGUUAUAAUUAUUUCACAAAUAAUUCUAUGUGUACUUAUAAAUAUUACUUCUACUACGAAUUACUAUUCGCUAAACUAUAUACAGAUUCAAAGUUUUGUUUCAUGCAGUUGCCGCCGAAUCUAGGUAAGAUCGUUUGAGCGUAGAUAGCGAAAGUAGCGGAUCUAGGGCACGUGAUGUACGGACAGUUUUCAAAACAGUGUGCGAGUUCACGUUUCAGCUAAAGUCUCUUACCAAAGCUGUUUACACUCAUGAUGAAAAAUCAUCUUGAGCGAAGUUGGCUAUCACAAUCGAUUGCUUUCCUCUGUUUCACGCAUCUCCGAUUUAAUAUCAUCUUUUAAUUCAGCUUUUAACGCUGAUCAAGAAAAAAUAGUUUGAACGUUCCAACUAAAAACCCAAGUGGAAAAGUCUAACUUUUUCGAGUUUUCUCGAUUUUUGUACUUGGAAAAGACGUUUGGAAAAAAUUAAAAACUACAUAUUGAUGAUGAUUCGGACGGAUUAUAUUCACCAUUCAUCCAUUUGAUUUGCCCAAUGAAAUACCAGGAAAAUGUUCAAAUGCAGAUUAUGAUCUUCGUAUGGUCGUCAGACAAAUGUCCAUUGCUGAUGAUGAAACAGACAAUAUUCUGGUGAUAACUUGUGAUGCUGAUUCCAAAUUUCCACCACAAUAUAUUGCUGCAUUAACUUGCAAAUAUUUACAAGAGAAUAGACCCUCACUGACAACCAUCUACCAGUCAUCCUUGUUUUACAACUGGAAAUUGGAUAGUUUAUCAUUUGUCACACGUGUAACGGGAUUGUUACGAAGCUUUUUGAUGGUGCAUUGAUCCCAUUCAAUAUCAACACAAUGAGUAUUUUCUCGUUCUCAUUAAGUCUAGCAAAACAAGGAAACUUCAUUCAUCCUGGCUAUCAGAUGGACGAUAUUAUUUGUCUUAUUCGAUGGAUGGGAGUGACACAACAACGAUUACGAAUAUCGAUGAUACCCAUGCCAGUAUUGAGUGGACCAAUAUCUGGAGAAACAAUUGAAACGGAAAUCAUCGAAUGGGCAAGACAAGCUCGUCGUUGGACAAUCGGAGCAGCCGAAGUGUUUCAUUAUUUUAUCAUCAAGUCAAAACGCAUGCCAGUAGCAUCUGCAUGUUCUUGGGGCGUGGCUUUUGCUAUGUUCACCGAAUAUUUUCCAUGUGUUCAGGCGGUUCGAAAUGUUGUCUGA